AAACAGACCCAAGGACCAUCUAGCCCAGCCUUUGCCAUGUAGUAAGAACACAGCAGAAGUGCUCCUAUGAGAUAGCCAUCUAACUUGGGCUUUAAGACCUCCAAAGAAGGAGAGUCCACCAGUACCCAAGGCAGUCGGGAAUCCACCACCAAAGUGCUGUUGAAUUUUUUUCUAAGAGUCAGUGGCCUCUUCUCAGGAGAGAAGGAGUUAAAGACUCAAUCCCGGUCUCCUUGUGAUGAAUAUUUAACAGCAGCCAGCGCACGGUCUGGAGCUUUGGAUUCUCCUCCGCUUGUCUUGACGGCAGUGGCUCCUCUGGUCGGAGGAAAGCGGAGGAGGAGGCGGUGGAGGAAUCAGCAAGCCGUGGGGCAUCUCUGCCUCCUGAUGUAGGCAGAACCCUCCUUGGUGGAUCUCCAGAGCAAUCCGUGGCCGGUUGAAUUGUCCCCGAUGAUGAGGAUCCCGCUUCUUCUCGGGAUAACUUUGCCGUUGGUCCUUGCAGGUCCUUGGUGCUACGAUGGACAAGAUUCUAAAUGUGGACCUUUACACUGGAAAGAAAUCAUGCCAGCCUGUGGAGGAGAUAACCAGUCACCCAUUAAUAUCGUCCGGAGGAAAUCUCAGUGGGACAAGGACCUCGAUGAGAUCUUGUUUGAAGGGUAUGACCAGGCCCCACCCGGCAGGUGGAGAUUGCUGAAUGAUGGGCACACGGUCGUGCUAAACCUGGGUGGGGCCCCUGCUGCAGAGCAGAUCAACAUCACCAAAGGAGGACUUCAUGGCACGUACCAGGCCUUGCAGUUCCACUUCCAUUGGGGGGAUCUCAACCACAACGGAUCAGAACAUACCCUGGACGGGAUCCAGUACCCCAUGGAGUUGCACAUCGUCCACAUCAACUCCAAGUACAAAACCAUCAGUGAAGCCAAAGGACAUCCCAACGGACUCGCAGUCCUGGCCUUCCUAUUUAAGGUAUCUGAUGCAGAUAAUACCAAUUAUAACACAAUCGUAGCAGCUCUGAAAAACAUUUCUCAAGCAGACAAUUACGUCGACUUGGCCUCCACGUUUCCUUUGAGCAACCUCCUGCCCGACAUGCCCUUACUCUCCAAAUACUACCGCUAUAAGGGUUCCCUCACUACUCCAAACUGUGAUGAAGUUGUCACCUGGACUGUGUUUGAAGAACUGAUCCCACUCAGCAAGUCGCAGUUGGAUGCCUUUAAGAAAAUGCUUUACUUCAGAAAGAUGGCUACCACAUCUCGGAUGACCAACAAUUUCCGUCCCAUCCAGCCUCUUCACAGCCGCAAAGUCUAUGCGUCCAGAGAUGCCACCAUCAGCUCUUGCUCUCGGCUAGCUCCCAGUUUUGUUAUUCCUCUGUUCUUGUAUGUUUUGGUUGGUCUGUUCUCAGGCCCAUCCUAACUAUCUCCAUGGACAAUUGAGAUCCACCACAAUCGAUUGAUCUUUCACGGCAUCUUCAUAAACUAUGCUUCUUCACUGUGAUUUUUUUUGAGCCAUUGUUUUGGGUCUAAACUCGAUCCCGUAGACCCCUUGAAAUCAGUAUGACUUCCAAAAGUCACACUGUCCAUCUCUCAUUGAUUUCAAGAGGUCUACCCGAAACGCGAUUGAAUCUGGAUCCCCCCCACGGAGUUGGAAGACAACUGAUCGCGGGGAGAAUACGAUGUCUAAUUGCUCUCUUUCAUUGAUGUCCAAAGACUUGCUUUCAUCCUUCUAAGACCCACCUGCUCUUUGUGUAUGAUUAGUCAAUAGGUUUGCUGGAAUCAAAGGAACCCCAUGCUGCUGGUGUAGCAUGAUGGGACGGAUGUGGGAUGAGGGCUGUGCACAUUUUCAACAUGGCUGGUUCUGGGGAUUUGUGGGGACCUGAUGUAUCCAAGCACCUUCCCAUCAGAAUGUGAAGCCAAUGCUACAGUGGUGUAACCUGACACAAAUAAUGAAUAAAUUCAGAGUUCUUAAUUUUUCCAUGA